AUGUCCCGGCGCAGGCAGCGUCGCCGUGACUCUAGCGGCGAGGGCAGCAGCGACAGCGACAGCGAAGCAAGCACAGCUUCGUUCUGCCCCUCCAGUGCCCCCGAGUCCGAUGUGGGCUCCGGCACGGAUAUGACGUCGCCCUAUCUUUCUGGUAGGUCCGACGAUGGGGGCGCGUCCCCCAAGAAAACCGGAAAGCCAUCAAAAGCGGUUCGGCGGCCUGUCCGCGGCAAUAGCGUAUCUCGCAGGAGGAUCGUAAUACCAGCACACACUGUGCGUAGAGAGCGAGCGCCCGGCAACGGGGCGACGUACAAGCAACCGGGAAAGCCGUCAAAAUCGUCAAAAGCUGUUCAUAGCAAGCCGCUCUCCGAGUCUAGAUCCGACACAGAGUCAGAGGACCCGGACGACGACACCGACGACGACCUGUCGUCUAACGACGAGGUUGAGCCUGUGGAUCGGUUCCGACCCGUCGUGACGGAAGUCUAA